UGUCGUGCUGUCAACACUGUCUUCACUGACAUAUACAAGGAGAGUUCACAGGUCAUUUUGUCAGUCAGAGGUGAGGCGUUGGAUGGUUUGACAUGAACUGAAUCAUUAAAUCUUGAAAUAUCUCUUUUGAAACUUGUUUAGAACAAUUGACGAAUUCGGUUUUAGGGUUUCCUUUCAACAAUGUAAACUAAUGUAUUUGCUCUUGAUGUAUCAACUUGUAGCGCCAUCAUUGGUCGACAUGCAUUUUUACUGGACAGAAAUGAAGCUCUUGCUUAACGACAGUAGCUGCAUGUCCAGAAGCAAUGAGUUAACAAAAUUCCACCUUUCACCUUUUUUUUCAUUGAAAAUAUCAGUUAUAAUUUCAUGUCUGUUCUGCACACUGGGAAAAAAUACACCCCCUCCACUUUCCUUUCCACCAAGACACCCCCCCCCCUUUUUUUCCAUGGAAGUUGGCCGAAAAUGCCGCCUUUCAAAAUAAAGAAUAAAAAAUUCUCCCUCUCCGCCUCCCAUUUCCUACGCCCCUGAAACCUAAACAUGAAGACGACCGGAAGUACAGAAAUGUGAGAGCUUUUCUAUUAAUCUUGCUUGCUUUGCAAAAUUAAGAAAAUAUUCAUCUUCGCAAAGGGUUUUCUGCAAACGUUCAUUUCUGCAAGGCUUUUGGCAAACAUAAAUCUUCGCAAGGGUUUGGGAAAACAUAAAUCUUCGGGUUUGGGCAAACAUUCAUCUUCUAAUGGGUUUGAGCAAACAUAAAUUUUCGCAAGGGUUUGGGAAAACCCUUCAUUUUUGCAAGGGUUUGGGCAAACAUUCAUUUUUGCAAGGGUUUGGGCAAACAUUCAUCUUUUCAUGGGUUUGGGCAAACAUUCAUCUUUUCAUGGGUUUGGGCAAACAUUCAUCUUUUCAUGGGUUUGGGCAAACAUUCAUCUUCGCAAGGGUUUUGACAAUUUCGUUAUUUUCGCAUGAAGUAAAUCUUAUCAUUAAUUUGACACGUUCGUCCCCAGAGCCACCAAAAGUUUAUCCGAUUAUUAACGUCAAUAACAAGGACUACAAGGACGGGGACACAUACCAGGUGAAAGACGACGACUACAUAUUUGCGUCCUGCAGCGUGACGGGUGGGUCGCCAGCGGUGUCCCAUAUCACCUUGACCUGUGGCGUUGAGACGUUGACUGUAACGGGAACGAAGGCAAUUCUUCAAGGCAGGAAAGCUCAGAGAACCAUGGCUGGCGAGAACUGCACCUGCUCUGCUCGUCACGUGACCGGAUGCUACACUCUGACCACGUCUGUCACGCUU